GUUUCCGUACCGUUUUCACUCCCACCGGCCACCCCCGGCCCAGGCGGCGGCGAGGCCUCCCCCCAACGCGUCACCCAAUCGUCCUCGCCGAUUCCCACGCCGCCGCCCAUCAACUCCGAUCCUCUCCUCACCUGGAUAUCAUAUCGGCGGCGACGGAGACUGCACCGGCGAGGCAUAUUUCUUCUUCUUCUUCUUCUUCUUCUUCUUCUUCUUCUUCUGCGGCGGCGGGUGAGGCUGGGACGUUGGGCUCCCGCGGGCGAUCGAUCGAGUGAGUUCAUGGCGGGUGCUGAUGAGAGCACGGGGGAGAUCUGGACGGUGGUGGUCGGGUGCACCUCGGCCGACAUACGGAUGCACAACCUGCGGCUGCACAGGCUCCGCGUGGACGCCACCUCCGGCCGCGUCCUCGGCCGCCCCGGCGACCUCCUCCGCCGCCUCAUGCGCGUCGCCCCGGCGGACGACGAAGCGGAGGUCUUCCCCGACGCCCGGGCCGCGCUGAUCACCCGGGACGACGACCAGCGGCGGCUCUACCUCUUCUGCGACCGCUGGCUCCUCAGCCCGGGAUCGGGAUGGGGGGACUCCGGCCAGGUGGCCACGCCCAUCUCCAAGCCCACGGUUGCCAUGGCGCUCGACCUCUCCGACAGGACGCUGCCCACAAUCUUCGCCAUGGACCUCCCCUCCUCUUCCUGCGUGCUGGCAUGGCCCGUGCCCGCGGCGGCCAAGAUCUGGGCGCCCUACGUCGCGCCGAUUCCCGGCGGUCGCGGGCGGAGCCGCCGCCUCACCAUGCUGCAUCUGGACGAGACCAGUGACGACCAGUACUGCUGGAUCGACGCCGGCAGCAUUGACCUCCCCCAAGAGGACAGCUCCUCCUCCUCGACCAUCUCCAUGAGCGCCUCUGGGACUGGGUACUACAGCUCCAUCUAUGGAGGCUAUGCAAUGUCCGGGAGUUCGGGGAGGAUGAUUUAUGGUUAGAAGAGGAUACAAAUGAUGCAGUUGAUUCUUCUUCUCAAGUAUCUCUACCGUGUUGCAGGACAUUUCCGAAGGGUUCCCUAGAGAAGUGAGAAACUUGCCCCUAAUGUCUAUAGUUCUUGUCAGAACUCUCCUAUUAGAUACUCACUCUAUUCAAAAGUCUAAGAACUAUAUCAUUUUUUGGUUUUUCUAAGAAUCUAAAACCUAUUUGUAAUCUCUAUGUGCUAAAUUAAAUUGUUGA